CGCAAGCUCCACAAAACCAGCACAACUAGCCUGCGAGCGAUUACCGCUGCGAAUUACAAAGCUCUAGGACGCGCAAAGCUGACGCAAGGCACAGCCGAGCACCGCUGACGCACGUAGAGCCGAGUAGAGCCGAGCACAGCGAAGUGCUCUCGCUAGGCAAAACCACACGCAUCACUGCAUGGCCGAGAGCACGCAAGGCCAGGUCGUCCACAAGCGCGAACCGAACUGGGCCUUAUUGGUACCGAUUCUCUACGCGCCGCUCUUCCCGCUCAUGCGCAUCGCGCUGAAAGGCAAUCCUCGCCUCCCGCAGUACUACGCCGUUGGACUAGGUGCCGCUUUGACACACGCCGCCUACGUGAUGUUCAGCGACUCGACGGUAUGAGCUUCGUGGGCUUCGCCGCGUUCGAGGCGCCGUCGCCAGAUAAACAGGUUGUGACCCGCAAGGGCUUCGCCGGAAACGACCGAGAUUUAGAACGGGCCUGCAAGCAGUGCGGCAAGAAGGACGCCGCCACGAAGCUGAAAGGGUUAGAUGCUUUGGUACAGCGCGUUUCCGCCGUGGACGCGACCGAAGUGCGAGCGGUCGCGCACUGGUUGAGAGACGCGCGCGUCGUCGAAUUGCUCGGUUUUAAAGAUGACGACGCGCGCGUCCGCCAGGGGUUGUAUGAUGCUCUACAAGCGUGCGCUGCGGCCGGCGCGCCGUUGCGGUCCGUCGAGGCGAGUUUAGCGGGGCCGUGGUGGGCGGCGACGGCCGACGCGUGCGUUGCGGCGUCCCACGCAGUGAGAGGCGUCGCGUCGACGGCGUGGAGGUGGACGCGUUUGGUCUCCUCGACGCCAUGACGUCGUUCGUGCGACGGCAUCGAUGGCGCACCGGUGCCACCAUCGCGACACUGUCGGAGAGAGAAACACCGGUAGAGAUAAAGCGUAGCAAGCACAGGUACGCCGACGUCGCGCGCGCCGCCGUGAGAGCCUGGAAGGCCGCCUUCCCGAAAGAAAAUGGGGUGAUAGGCGCCGCGCGGAACCGCAGUACCAUUAUUGCAUUCGCGCAGUCCAUGCUCCAGGAUUCUGAUGCGGAGGCGAGGGCGCGCGUCCUCGGUGGCCUGGCCAAGUUGGUGGCGGCUUCGCAACGGACGGGUGUGGACGACGCCUUUUUAUCAUCACUGAGAGAGGUCUACGCCUCGCCCCAGACCUGGCUCGCCCUCAAGAACGUCAAAAGUUCAGAUGCGGUGGAGCGUCGAAGUUGCUACGCCCUGCUGGAGCGCCUCCCGCAUGACGCUGCGGAUACCAAGUGCUCGGGCGCCGUGCGCGCGCUACUUGCUUUAGACCAGGAGGAUCUAGAAGUACAAGCGUUGUGGAGCUGCGUCGCUUCCAUAGCGUCCCCGGAGACCGUCGAACACGCCUCGACUAGAAUUGAUGUCUCCACGAGGGCCGCGCGCGCCGUCGCGAAAGCGGCAAAAGAUAGGUACCACGCCAAGGGCGUCUCCCAACACGUCGCGAAGCUCUGCGACGCGUUAUCGGAUCCUUCGGAGGUCGUCGACGCCCUAAUGAAUUCCGGGAGUGCACCACUCGUCGCCGCGGCCGUCGCGAUCGCAAGCGAGAAGUGGGCUUCUGCGGCCGCCUUCUUGCGUUUAGAAGCGCCGUCCCGCUCAUCUGUUGAGAGAGUUGCUAAAUCACUAGCGAAGACGGAGCCCCAGCAGGCGUCGGACCGCCUGUUCACUCUAGCACUAGGAGUCGACGCCACAGCUAAAUCAUGUGGAGCCGUGCUCGCCGCCGCUCCAGCAAGCUGGGCGGACCUGACCUUCGCGUUCAUCGAGGAAGCACUGCCGCUGACGCGUGUCUCGAGGCGCUGCCUUUUUCUGGGGGAACUAGCAGCAUCGCCUCUAUCAAAACGCGCGGAGCAUGCAUUGCCUCCGGACGAGGCCGCGUCCUUACUCAACGACACGACCAUGGACGCGUUAUGUGACUUGGCCUCGAAGCGCGCGUCGAACGGUGAUAACGAGACGAGGGACUCGUUAGUAGCACACGCCGGCGUUUCGCUAGACAAAGUGCUCGCAUUGCUCCCGCCGUCCGUCCUGACGGGCGCCGCCGGCAAGGCCGUCGAAGAUUUACUGAAGAGGAACCCUGCGAUAGCGCCCUUCGCUUCUAUGGCGUCGUUACGAGCUUGUGCUGUAGACGCCUCAAGGGAGGCCCUAUCUUCUCUCGUGAAGGAGUGCGGCCGCUCUUGCGAUUUAGCGGCCGAUGUCAUGGGCCGCGCGCUGGUCCUGGGCGCUUUGGAUGACUUCGAGAAUGCGUUGUCCUGCGUCCGGGGCGAGGAUAAAAAUGAAGCGGCUCGUAGAGCGCUGGAAACGCUCGCCGUGUCAGGAAGCGCCGAUCUAGAUGUGUGGCGCGCGGCCCUAUCAAAGUGUUCAUCAACAGCGAAGGGCGCGGCGCCGCUGGUAAACGCUGAUGCGUGGCGGGAAGGACGCAACGACACGUUUCUGGAUCUCCUCGAGGAGAGUGGCGACGACAUCUCUAGAAUAGGUGGGGACGACGUCCUAGUGGAGGCUUUACUACGGUUAGAUGCGAGACCCGGCGUUGUAGAUGCGGAGUUAGCUCUCGAGCUCGCGUUGGACGGCCUGCAGGACGCUUCUACCGUUUCUCAGGGAGGCGGCGCUUCUACCAUUGCGUUACCGCCCGACAAGAUCCCUUCACUACUACUAGCUACCUUGAAGGUCGCCCUGUCCAACAGAGAUAUUGGAGCUUCAUUGCGAGUGGCCUCGGCUCUGAGCGAACGGCUCCCUUCAUCAAUAAAAAAGCAGGCGCCCCUCCGCCAGAGCGAGGACGUCAUUUACUCACCAACGAAUGAAGGCUGUCGGAUCCUCCAGGUCCACGUUGACGACGACGAGACCUUCUACACCGUCAGGUUUGGAGACGGGCGCGAGAGGCAGACCGUCGCCGCGAAGCUCCAACGAGAUUCUUCAGAGGUAGAUGCGCCCUUCAAAGCAUUAGGCGACCAGAUAGCUGAGUUGAGGGACGCCUCGACGGACGCGACGCCGUCUGCAGCCUGGCUCGCGACGAAAGUCGUGAGGCGGUUGGGGGCCUCCGAUGGCGUCUUCCGCGAAGUUGCGGUGGAUGCGUUGUGUUCUGGUGAUUCUACACAUGUAAGGGCGCUGGCGGCGACGGGGACGGCUUCCGAGAGAGCGCUCUCUACGUUAACUGGUGACGCGGGUUCGUGCCGCUUCGUCGCGCAGACUCUAGAAGGAUACUCUUUGACAGAUGCGACGUGUCGACGCGCCGCCGACGUCAUGGCGCGCGGCCUCUCCCUACACAGUGAUGCUCAAAGGGCCGCGGCCCUGGCCUGCGCGGCUCAAGUGUUACGGUCGGACGCGUCAAGGGUCGUCCCCUUCGAAACUGUAGCAACUGCCUUACAAACGGCCUGCGCCUUCCUACUAAAAGAGGAGGGCUCGCCCGCCUACGUCUCCGCCUUGGAUUGCGCCGAGGCUUGUAUUGUGGAGCUUUCAAGGAGGAACGAGGGCCGAAAAAUAGACCUCGACGCCGCGGCGCUCACGCCGCUGCUCGAUGCGAACCCGCGCUUAGCGGCGUGUGUGGCGGAUGUCCUUGGGAUCUGUGGGGCCUGUGGCUCCCCCAAAACGGACCAGGGUGUCCUGUUGCGGGCCGUCGUCGACCUCGAUGUGGGCGAGGACGAUCCCUUGAUCAGUAGAGCCUUCGACGCUUGUAUGGCGAUCGUUUCAGCAUCUUUACCGGCGUUGAAACGGCGACCCGUCGACAAGUGUAUAGACGGCCCCUGCAGUGCGUACCUCAAGAAACAUCAAGCUGAACCGGCUUCAUUACUCGCAUGCUGGGCGCUUCAUAGGUUAUGUGUAUCAAGGGCGGCGGAGGCUCGACGGUGGGGCGCUGCCGCGAGGCCUCGAGAUGCUGAGAGAGCUAGAAGUUUAGUGGUGGACGUCCUCAAGGAAACGCCAGUGGCAAAAGCUUUGUCAAUUGUGGCCAGGGAAGGCUUCGGGGACGAGACCAAUCCUGAUUCUACGCUGAAGGUCAAAGUAGCUUCUAGAGCGCGAACGGUGACGGCCCAGUACGAGCGCGACGAGUGCCUCAUCGAGAUGGUUCUGAGUUAUGACCCCGCGUUUCCAUUUCGGUCGGUCAGUGUCAGUUUUGGAUUGCACCAGGGCAUCGAUGAAAAGAAAGCUCGACGGUGGGCCCUGCGGCUACGAGCCGCGGCAGAAACGACCACAGCGAAACGAGCUGUCUUAGAUUGGCGCAAGGAUGUAGAUUUGGAAUUUGACGGCGUCGAGCCCUGCCCCGUCUGCUACGGGGUGUUGCAUCCCAAGUCGAAGAAAUUGCCCCACUUGGAAUGCGCCACGUGCCACAACAAGUUCCACGCGUCGUGCCUCGCCGAGUGGUUCCAGAAGUCGCACAAGCACACGUGCGUCGUCUGCCAGACGGAGUUCGUGGCCGUGAAGGCGCCGCGGCGGUCUUAUUCCGAGCGGCGGCCGGCGUCCAGCGAUGACGACGUGCCUCCUCCGCCUCCGGUGGCCGCGCCGGCGCCUCCGCCCGCGCCGCCUGCCGCGCUUUAUGACGAGGACGAGCUGGAUUAAGUCUUAACUUUGUGAAAUCCUACUUUCUUACCCGGUGCAU